CCUUCCGCUCGCAGUUUUAAAACAUUCCACGACCAGAGAAUUGCCUUCUCCGUCUAAUGAAAUGAAUUUGUCGAAUUUUAUCUCCUUCUGUAUCAUGCUAUGGUAUUGCAAUUAUACAUUAUUAGAAGUUCAAUCAGAGAAGCAAAAAGCUUUAAUUUUCAAUCAAGAAACUAAACAGCUCAUAGAACUGAGAGAUGGUGACGAUUCUGCAAAAUUAACUCAUUGCAUUACCGCCUGCCCUCUUUCUACGGAAAUCAUAAGCAAAGCUACCGUAAGUGGAUAUGGAUUACUGGUACAAAAAGCUUACGAUAAUUCAGAAAACCCAACCAAAGUCGAAACACAUAUUUGUGACAAUCCAAUGACUCCAUCGAUAGUCUAUAACCCGAUGUCAGGAGAUUUUGAGAUGGGAUACGAGAUGUUUUACAGAAAAGGAAAAUUAAUCAAAUUGCAAUACUACUUCUAUGAAGAUUUAUUAAAUAUUAUAGAUGGUGAACCAAACCAAGAAGAUAGACAACUCAUUAAUGACGAAUCCAUAACCACAAUCGAAGAAGAUGGCAAUACAACAUUUCAGAUUAAUGGUAACUCAGAUGAGACAAUGGUUUUCUACUGGAUAUCAGUGCUCAAUCUGAAGACCUACGAGUACGAUAGCAUUCGCAGGCAUUUCACCAUAGCAAAGGACAUUAUUAAUGAUUACUUCCAUAAAGAGGGAGUCAUAUCUCACUGUGAAAAUUAUUAUGUAAGUGUUGGAACUGAGCUAGUGCCAUUAAAACGCGAACAGGUCGGGCUCAAACAACCCGCAGAUGGUAAUCGUUUAGAAAAAACUCAAAUAGUGCCAAUGCACAUGUUACAUACGUCACCAGGAAGACUUGCCACCUGUCUGUAUGCAAAUAUUGCAUUUAUUUGGAGCAGCAUUGCGAAUGGUCAAUUGCAAGAGAUUGAUUUAUUCUUGUACACUUUAUAUAAACUACAUCCUUCAAACAUAAAUAUACACUUUGGCGUUAAAGACGAAUUACAAGAUACCAGCCCCGAAUUAACAGCUUCAGAAAAUCCGAUAUUUAACAAAUACCCAAUUCCCGAAUUUAUGUAUCGAAUUGUCGAAUGGACCAAUAAUAACUACGACAACUUAUCCGUAUAUAAAGUCAUAGUUGUAAUUCAUAACGAUCCUAGAUCUAUAAAAGAAGACGAUCGAAUAUGUUCAAAAUCAGAGCAAGUGCCAGGUUGGAACGACAUAAAAAGCUCAGAUACCACUACCAUAACUGGGACAAGCUACACGUGCCCUUACUCAGGACGAGAUACUACAUUACCAAAAAUGGGACUUCAUCGAAAUUACAGUUGGCAAUCUUUCAGCGUGGAAAAUUUUCCUACAAUAGACGAAUCGACAGGACGCGUAUCUCUCUCAGAUGUAAGUGACCAAGUUCGAGCUGAAUUCAAUCGGCUUAAGAGUUUGAAUAAUUAGGUUUAGUUGGUUAACCUAACACACAUUUUAGAAUUUUAAUGUGAGUAAUUAAAGAUUAAUUAUAGAUUUUAGCCUAUGAGUUACGAGUAGUUUUAAAUUAUAUUACGUACUAUGGAAAAAAAUUAAA